UCUUCUGGAAGGGUUGCUCUCUUGUUGGGUGAAUUAAUGUCUUUGAUUUCUUGGGUGAGUGGUCUCCUAAGAUUAGUUGAUGAGCAUACUAGGUUGAGUAUAUGUGUAAUGAUCUUAAUGGCUAGUUAACCGAUCAGGUUUCUUGGUUGAAUUAAUCCAACUGAACUGUUUAGUCGUCUUAGCAAACCAUCUAACUCACUCCUUGAAAACAAUCAAGGGGUUUUCAGCUAUUCAAUAUGAUUACCAUUAAAAAUUCACUCAAACAUCACACUAAAAGGCAACUCAGAUUUUUGAUCUAGCACUUUUUUUUACUUAACCCAAUAAAAUUCUUUAUUUUUUGGAUAGAAUUAUGUUCAUUUAUGCCCUACUUUCCUCUUAAAAGCAUAUCAUCCUAAAAGUCUAGCAUGAGUGGCUCUUGUAUGGCUUUGAUUUUGACAUUAACUCCUUACCCUCUUCGAAUCGUUCCUCUCAAAUCUAGCCCAACUCGAAUAGUUUGAUAUUCUCCUAUGAUUCAUUGUGUAGAUCUCCAUGUACAUGAUUAGGUCCAGUUGAUAUGCAUUGUCACUUUAAUUUUUUAGUUAAUGCAAGUGCCUCUUUUUAUUUUUCUUUAAACUUAUGCCUAUGCCGAUUGUUGUACCUUUGUUGUGAUUGGCACAAUUUACCUUCUUAUGCUACCAUCAUACUCCCUUAAUAUGUUAUUGUGCUUCUAUUGGACCAGUCCCUUGUUGCACAAUUUUUGCCAUAAAUGGAUUAGAAAAUCUAUAAAUAAGAAAACUUAGAAGAAAGUUGACAAAGCAUACUACUAGACAUGUAUAACAUCAGUGAAAUUCUAUUUUAUUGAUGCUGAACUUCAAAGAGAAGUCAUCGAGCUUGUGGUAACAUGCAAAUAAUGCUAGAGAAGGAUGAGAGAUCUAUUUCUAUGGAGUUCAACGAUAAUAACAACAAAAAGCAAAUCUGCAUAAUAAGAAUGGACUUUGCUUCACAAACAAGCUCUUGUUACAGGAAAUCCACAUACAAAGCGCCGAGCCAUUAGGCCCAGCACAUGGCAAUUCUCCCAAAUCCAAGCAAAACUUUAUCGAGUCAAUGCAUGGAACGGCGUGCCCUCUUUCAAAUCAGUAGAAUGAUCCCCUCCAAUAUAAAUAACUACCCAAUGCAGUUAUCUUCUCCACCACCUAUAAACCAACACUGAUCAGAUCAAAAUGGCCAACAGAAUUGGUGGUAAAAAACUGAACUUUACUCUACUGCUGGUGUCACUGAUAAUCCAAUUGAUUUCCUUUGAUGGAGGAGUUAGCAUGGCCGAGGUGGUGGAGGCUGGACCGGGCGAUAAUAGAAAGGGGAACUUGGAUCCGGCAUCGACUAACUAUAUUGUUCUGGACAAGAAUCCUAAAACCGGUCAGGAGAGGUUCUUCUGCCUUUCCAGAGGGAGGUGUCGAUACAAAAUAAUUCAGUGCCCGGCACAGUGCCCUCAGCGCAAGCCAAGGAAAAACCGAGUCGUGAAGGCUUGUUUCGCCGAUUGCAGCAGCCGCUGCGAAACCACCUGCAAGCAUAGAUUGCCGAAUUGCAACGGGUUCGGGUCCAUCUGCUAUGAUCCCCGGUUCGUCGGCGGCGACGGCACCAUGUUCUACUUCCACGGCUCCAAAGGCGGCAACUUUGCUCUCGUCUCCGACCGCCACCUCCACAUCAACGCUCACUUCAUCGGAAUCCGUCCCGCCGGGCGUUCACGUGACUUCACUUGGAUUCAAGCCCUCGCCGUCAUGUUUGAGUCCCACAGCCUCAUCGUCGCCGCUCGGCGCGUGGCAGUAUGGGAUGAUUCGGUGGACAUGCUCUCAUUGCUAUUCGACGGCGCCGCGAUUGCCCUCCCGGCCGAGUCCGAUGGAGAAUGGCGGAGCCAGACGGGGGAGGUGGUGGUGGAGCGAACAUCGGAGGCGAACAGCGUGCGGAUGAUGGUGUCGGGGAUGGUGGAGAUGGAGGUGAGGGCGGUGGGAAUAGGGGAGGAGGAGAACAGGACGCACGGGUACGGGUUGCCGGCGGGGGACGCGUUUGCCCACUUGGAGAUACAGUUCAAGUUCGGGAGGCUGUCGGAGGAGGUGGAAGGGGUUUUGGGGCAGACGUACAGAGCCGGAUACGUCAGCCGGGCGAAAAAAGGUGUGGCGAUGCCGAUGAUGGGAGGGGAAGAUCGGUACCAGACGCCGGGGUUUCUGUCUCCGCGUUGCAUAUCUUGCCGAUUCAACUUGGUAAAUUCGAUCAGUGACGAGGCUGCUGCCGCCGCCGUUAAGGAUGUGGCUCUGUAUUGAUGGUGAAGAGUAUGAUCUCUCGUUGAUUAUUAAACAAUAUUAGAGAUUAUGUUUUACUCAAAUUUGUUGGCGUGGUAACUUAAAACAAAAACUUGGAUCUAUAUGUACUAAAAAGCUUUUCUUUGGAGCAAUAAUAUAUUAAAAA